AUGGCCGCAUGGGGAGGCUACGGACACGGACACGGCGAUCGCCGAGGAGGAGGAGGUCGUUUCCCUCGAGCAAAUGCGGCUCACGACCCCUACGAGGUGCGGCUCCCGAUCUACCUCUCCUCGGUCGCAGUCUGUGAUGAAGACGCCACACGUUCGUCCAUCAUCAUGUCGGACGAUCGCGACAACAGAAUGGUGUCGCCUUUUCAGGCCUGGCUCGUCAAGGAGAUCAUGACGAACAGCGCAAGUUCCAUCAAUGUUCUUACUGAACGGGAUCAAGUGAUGCCACCGAACACUGGUUUUCACAUGUCGCUGUUCGCGAACUACACCCUCGACGGGAUCAAGGUCACCUUGGCGAUCGCUAUUGACAGCAUCACAGGUGUUCCUUGUGCUGGCUGGGAUCGAGACACGGCCAAGGCUUUGGAUCAUCCUGCGUUCUAUCCAUUUACCUGGCCGGUGUACAAUGGCAAUGAGAUCCUUUUUCACUGGAUCUUCCGUGGGUUCCGUGCAGACACAGACCUCUCGGUCCAGCAGCAGUUCUGCGAUGAGUUUCUGAUCCGCAGCUGCAAUCGAGGUCGUGCUCGCCUUUCGGUGAUCGUGGCUGCAUUCAUUGGCUGGCGGGUCAGUGUUUUCUCGUUCGAGUGUGGAGGUCAAACCUACGCAGUGGGGCCACGUGGGACAGUGGUCGCAGGUGACUCUGCUCGAUCGAGGUGGGAGAUCCGAGUGUGCGAUCGCGCAUCUGGUGACGCCUAUGGCAACGAUGCUGAUCGUGUCGAGUUCCGGUUUCGUGACGCGAACAACAGGAUCGACCUGAAGUGCGCUCGCGCAUCCGUGCCAGGAACUUGGCUCACCGUGUCGCACAUCUCCGGUCCCACGUUGAUCAACGCUAUCCAGGAGGUUCGUCGCCAACGAGCUCGAGUGGAGGGACCCGAGCAGACCGAGCAGUUCGCUCAGCUUGCGGCUGUUCAUUCUGCCUGGUUCAAUGCAGCCUUUACCACUGAUCGGGGAAGGGUUGGCGCGCUCAUCACGUUCGUGGGAGGCUUGGACGCAGGAAACUUUCACAUCCAGUGCACCUUGGUGGUUCCUUUGGAAGCUCUUGCGAACAUGUCCCACGAUCGUGGUCAAGAACUUCCGGCUCCUGCAGGCCCGCUCGCAGUGACUGCCAACUCGUGGCAGCAGGCAGCCUCCUCCUCCCGUUCGAUGGCCAGCUUGACGGAUCAGCGUGAUGGCGGCAACGAGCUCGAUCGUACACGGUACGAGCUCCAAGUCAGGUCAUUUGGCGCUGCUCCGCAGUUUCAUCAGGAGCAGGAGACUACAAGAGGACACCUUGAAGAUCACGCUCGUGAUGCAGCCCGAGCCAAUCGCUCUUUUGCCCGCUCGACAGCUCAGCUCACGCCGGGCAUGUUCGCAGGCUACAUGGGUUCGAAUCCGGAGGCGAACCUUACGGAGCCGUCAAGUUCGGGACGAGAGCCGGUCAUUGAGGAGCUCGUCGACUCCGAGAACCAGGCUGGAUCGACUUCAACGACGAUCGCUGCAGCUCCCCCAACCCAGGAAGUGAGGCUUCCGGCCGGGGCUGCAGCUACUGAAGCUCAAGAUCCGCGAGGUCAAGGCUCCAGCAGGGCUCCGCCGCUCAUCGGCGAAGAGGUCGACACCGAGGCCGAGGUCGACAACGAGAUGCCGCCGGCUCCGGAAGGCCCACCCCAGUCAUUUCGACCUCACCGAACGCCGUAA